AAACCGUCUCCAACCGCGACCCUCCCCGCCGCGCCAGCGCCUCGCCCCCCGCUCCCCCGCCGGCCAAUCGGAGCGCUGCGCACGUGACGAGCGUUCCCUUCGAUGACCUCAUCCCUGGUGUGGGAUGACGUCAAAUUCAAGAUGGAUGGAAUCACGGCGGUGGCAGCAGCGCGCGCGGCCGAACCCUGAAAGGAGGCGCCGAGGGGGGCAGCAGGGGGGGGCGCGGCUGGCGGCGGAGAGGAAACAUCAGAAUCAUGGAGGGGCUCUUGCAUUACAUAAAUCCAGCACAUGCCAUUUCACUUCUAAGCGCACUGAAUGAAGAGCGUCUAAAGGGACAGCUGUGUGAUGUUGUUCUUAUAGUAGGAGAUCAGAAAUUUCGAGCUCAUAAAAAUGUUCUGGCUGCCAGCAGUGAAUACUUCCAGACUCUGUUCACAAAUAAGGAGAAUGAGUCUCAGUCAGUGUUUCAACUCGACUUUUGUGAGCCAGAUGCUUUUGAUAAUGUUUUAAACUACAUUUAUUCUUCAUCCUUGUUCAUUGAGAAAGGCAGUCUUGCAGCUGUGCAAGAACUGGGCUACAGUCUUGGAAUAUCCUUCCUUACAAACAUUGUUUCAAAGAGUCCUCAAGCUCCUUUUCCAGCUUGCCCUAUUAAGAAAAUAGUAUAUCAAGAUGAAGAUGAAGGUAGUUCUCAGAAGAGAAGUGUCAUUGUCUGUCAGAACAGAAUUGAAGCACAAGCAAAAAGUACAAAUCAAACACAACAUGAUUUAAGCCAUACUUCUAAACCUUCACCCUCCAUUGCUAUCAAAACUAGCAGUAGACCACAAGUAACAAAACCAGCCGAAACCCUUCACAACUUAUCACUGACUGAAAGGAGAUGGCUGAAAGAAAGCCCUGUGAGCUACCCUAAGGUUCAUGAGAGUUCUGGAACUGUGGACGAUCAGAGCAGGGGUUGUUUAGUGAAAAGGAACGCAGUACUGCCUCAGAUGCCUUUAGCAGAGAAAGAAAUUGCAAACGAUGAACCAGGAAGCAGUGGUCAACUUUUAAGAGGAAAGGCUGCAGAGAUGUCAUUAAAAAGACCACGUCCACCAGUCUUGUCUCUGCGUGGCUCAUCAGAAUCCACAUUUUUGUUGCGAGAGGCAGGAAAAGGAAAUGGUCAAGGUGAAGACAGGAAUUUGCUAUACUAUUCAAAGUUAGGGCUAGUAAUCCCAUCUAGUGGAUCUGUUCCAGAAAACCAAAGUAUUGACAGAAGUGGGCCGCUAGUAAAAAGUCUUCUUCGAAGGUCGUUGUCCAUGGACAGCCAGGUUCCCAUUUACUCACCUUCUGUUGACCUAAAGCCUUCACAAGUAUCAUCAUCCUCCUCGCCAGGAACUAAUGAUUCCCAGAAGACAUUUAAUGUUGUAUCUCAAAAAUCAUCCUUGAAAGAGUCAUCAGAGAAGGUAAUCUUAGAUGAAAAACCACAGGUAAUACACCCACAUCGCCUUAGGUCUUUCAGUGCCUCUCAGUCAACUGAUAGGGAGGUUGCUUCCCCUCUCACAGAGGUGCGAAUAAAAACUGAACCUAGCAGUCCACUUUCAGAUCCUGCCGACAUAAUAAGAGUUACAGUGGGUGAUGCUGCAGCAUCAACAAAUAAAGACUUUCCUUUUAAAACUGAGGAUGAUCACAAGGAACCAAAUAGACUUCCAGCAAAAAGGAGAUUUCAAGCUGAUAGAAGACUACCAUUUAAGAAACUGAAGGCGGUUGAGCACAUGGGUGAGCAGGCUUCUCCGGGAUCAGAAGAGAACUUUGAGGAAGGCUCAAGCCCUACUCACCUUGAUGCUGAUUUUCCUGAUUCUGAUGUCAGUAAAGAUGAAUACAGCGAGAUGGAAGAAGCAAGACCAAAUAAAAAGUUUAAAUGCAAACACUGCCUUAAAAUUUUCAGAUCAACAGCAGGUCUUCAUCGUCAUGUUAACAUGUAUCAUAAUCCAGAGAAGCCCUAUGCUUGUGACAUAUGCCACAAGAGAUUUCACACAAAUUUCAAAGUGUGGACACACUGCCAGACACAGCAUGGAAUUGUGAAGAAUCCCUCUCCAGCUUCCAGUUCUCAUGCUGUUUUGGAUGAAAAAUUCCAAAGAAAACUGAUUGAUAUAGUGAGAGAGAGAGAAAUUAAAAAAGCUCUAAUCGUUAAACUAAGACGUGGCAAGCAAGGUUUCCAGGGACAGUCUGCUUCUCAAGCACAAGUAGUCAUCAAAAGGAAUUUAAGGUCGAGAACCAAAGGAGCCUAUAUUUGUACCUACUGUGGGAAAGCUUAUCGUUUCCUCUCGCAGUUUAAGCAGCACAUAAAAAUGCACCCAGGGGAGAAACCAGUUGGAGGAAGUAAGGCUCCUAAGCAGAAAGAUCAUGCUCACAUUGAAAGUCCAGUAGAAAGCAAAGAGGUUUAUCAGUGCCGCCUCUGCAACGCUAAGCUCUCUUCACUUAUUGAACAGGGAAAUCAUGAGCGACUCUGUAGAAAUGCUACUGUCUGUCCUUACUGCAGCCUUAGAUUUUCCUCUCCAGAGCUGACACAUGAGCAUGAGAGCAAGUGUGAAUACAAGAAGCUUACUUGUCUUGAGUGUAUGCGCAGCUUUAAAUCAUCCUUCAGUAUUUGGCGUCAUCAAGUCGAAGUCCACAAUCAAAACACAAUGGCUCCAUCAGAGAACUUUUCUUUACCUAUCCUGGAUCACAAUGGAGAAAUAACUGGUUCAUCAAGACUGGCUUCUCAGUCAGAGUCCAAUAAAAUGAACAAUUUUGUAACUGCAAAGGAAGAUGGUGUAUUCAGUGAUUCGUCAGAACAGAUAAAUUUUGAUUCUGAAGAUUCCUCAUGCCUACCUGAAGACUUAAGUGUAUCCAAGCAAUUUAAAAUUCAGAUCAAAGAAGAGCCUGCGGAUGAUGUGGAGGAUGAGGUGACUGAAACGAGCAGAGAACCUAAGGAAAUAGUCUCCAACAAAGAUGCUGGUUUGUGGCCCUGUGAAAAGUGUGGGAAGAUUUUCACUGUACGCAAACAGCUGGAGCGUCACCAAGAGCUCUUGUGCUCUGUGAAGCCCUUCAUUUGCCAUGUGUGUAACAAGGCCUUCCGAACCAAUUUCCGGCUAUGGAGUCACUUCCAGUCUCAUAUGUCACAGGCUGCAGAGGAGUCCACAAAUAAGGAGCCUGAUAUAUGUCCACCAGCUAGUUCCCCAUCACCACCACCCCUACCUCCACCACCACCCCUCCCUAAAAUACAGCCUUUGGAGCCUGAUAGUCCAACAGGCUUGUCUGAAAGCUCCACUACUACUGAAAAAUUGUUUGUACCACAGGAGUCAGAUACACUCUUUUAUCAUGCUCCACCACUCUCAGCAAUCACAUUCAAAAGACAGUACAUGUGUAAACUCUGUCAUAGGACUUUCAAGACAGCUUUUAGUCUUUGGAGCCAUGAACAGACACACAAUUAGCUUUAAAAGACACCUUGAAAAGCUGUUUUAGUGGAGGCUGAGUUCAGGACCUCAGAUAUACACCGUGUAAACCAGAAAUCCAAGAGAAUCAAGACCACGACGAUGAAAAAUCUGGAAUUUGUGAUGCUGCUUGGAUUUGAAGAUUAAGGUAAACUAACUUGGUUGGUAGGUGGAAGGCAAAGUAAAUUAAAAUACUGUGGUCUGGGAUCUAAUAGUAACAGAAUCAUUUUUAUUUCAUUUAACACUGAAACGCGUUCACAUCUGGGUUGUAUGCAUGGAUCUUCAUCCUGUGAUGUUGGUGUGUGCGUGUGUAUUAUAUAUAAAGUUAUAUAUUAAAUGAAACAGCAACAGCAACUUGGAUUUGAACUGUGAGUUUAUAGUAGUGAAAUACUGUAACCAACGUCAUUAAUUCAACCAACUUCAUUAAUUUUUUUUUUUUUUUAAAGAAACCAACAGAAAAGCUCUAUUAUACAUAGUUGCCAUGCCCUUGCAGUUAGGGAGGAAGUGGUUGGAGUGUCUUGCUGUAUCGACUUAGGUCUUAGAAACCUUUAGCAAUAACAAACCUCAAGUUUGAAUAAUCCUGAUGUUAUUGGAUACAAAUGUUUGAUAUUUUAAGGGAACAUAGAAUUGUUUUGUUGUUAUAUGGAACUUGUGCAAAUCAAAGUAGAGUCUAAAGUCAGCAAUAUUAUUACUAAGAUUUUAUAUAAAAAGUGGCAGCAAGCCUGCUCUCAGCCAUUUAAUUAUAAAUUUCUAAGGAAAAUUGAGGGAGGGGGUACUUUGCUUUAUAUAAUGUCCCAAAGACUAAUUUAGAUACUUCGGUAGCUAAAGUCAUUGUAUUAACAGCCAUCAUAAUGCAAAUGGUACUGUUUGUAAUAUGAACUAAGACUGAGCGGAUGUCAGACAAGUUUCAUAAUUUAGUUUCCACUAUUUGUACAACUGUUUGUAAUUCUAACUACAAAGGAAUGUAUAACAAAUAAAAGAAUA